AAUUGGUAUUUGAGUAUUUUGAUUCCACGAAAUGUAGAGAUAUGUGAAAAGUUGCGUUUCAAACUUUGCAUGAUGUUUAGAUAUACGCAUAAUCCAAUGCCUUUUUAUCUUAAGUGAAGUUGUCAACUGUCAAGUUUCAACUAAUAAAUAUGGUGACAUUCUGAAAUUAAAAUUCGGAGAUCUACUGUUACAUCCAUAUUUUAACAUUUGUGUGUCGACUAGGUUUAAAGGAACAUUAAAAAGAAUAAAAAUUGUGAUAGGUACGGUUUUUAUUACGGUCACCGAAAUUAGACGGACCGCAGACGAAUGGGACAUAUAAUUGUUAUGGUUGAUAGAUAACUAUGUACGACCAAACUUAUAAGUAAAAUUAUGGAUCAGCAAUGUAAUAUGCAUGGUCAAUGAUGUUUUCUAAACUUAAACUUAUAAUCCUAUAACCCUUGUUUACUUUAAUCAAAGUUAUACUGUUAGGUUCAACAAUAAAUACGAAAUAUCUCAUUUUGUAUUUAUACUCCCCUAAGUAUAUUUCUCCUUUUGACUCCAACAAAAAAAAACGAUAACAAACAACAAAGGGGGAAAAAAAUGAAAGUCCCAUUUUUUAACAAGAGUUUUUCAUCUUCAUGUUAUUCAAAUUCAAAUCCAUCAUCAUGGGCAUGGCCUUCUUGUCACCAAAACCCUAGAACACAAUCUUUCAGAGUCACCAUCAGUGCAAUCAACCCUAAUGACGUCGAAGAUGAAGAGGAGGAGGAGGAUAAGGAAGAGGAAGAGGAGGAGGAGGAAAAGAGGGAGGAAGGAAAGGAAGAGGAGGAUGAAAAUCUGCUUCCUGACAUCAUUAUCUCCUCCCCAUCCUCCUCCAUCUCAUCCAACAUCGACGCCAUAGAAGAGCUGCCGGAGACCGAAUCCAUAGAGAAUGUGAUCAAAGGGAUAAAAUCAUCAAAAAGACUCAUCUUUGAACGUAAAGGAGAAUCAAACUCAAUUCUCGAAGAGAUGAGGAACAAGGAUUCAUUCUCUUGUCCUUGGAAUCCAACUACACUUUCUCUAAUUUCAAGUGGUUCAUGGUGGAGGUGGUUGCGGUACACUCGCUUUAUCGCGGCUACACCCAAUUGUAUCGUGAAAACUACUGAAUAGAUCAUUGAUAUAUAGUCGAUAAGUUGUGAUGAGAAAAGAAGCAAACAUGCACAAAUGCACUUGACGGUUGUCCUUGGUUAGAACAUGUUAUGUCUAGAGUGAUUGAUGCGGACCGAAGAGAUCACUUUCCGAGCUUUCAUCUUAUGUUAUGUGAUCAAUUAGAAUAUUCGUGAAAUCUUCUUUCGUUGCUUUCCAUGCGUGCGACUCAUGCCUGAUAUAGCAACGGUACAUUUUUUUUUUAAUAUAAUCUAUUUUUGUAGUUGUUCUCUUAUCAAAUAGAACAGAUUUUUCUUUU